AUGCCACAAAAGCCGCAGACACUCAUCACACCGCUGUUUGAGAUCACAUGCAUGGAAGAACCACUUCCUUUCUCAAUAGUUGGAUCACUGGAACAUAAUGGUAACUGGUGUGUGUACCGGGAACCUCCAUUGUUAAGUGGAGGCAGCGAUGAACGCUAUCUAUGCACACAUCGUAAACGUAUUUCCCAUUUGGGCUCCUAUGAAUUCUCUACUAUCACAGAGGAUCCAAUACCAAGUAUGGAAAUGCACGACCGAAUGUUUCUCCGUUAUCAGUUGAAUCCAUAUAAGCCACCGUUUCUGCCGUCACCGCCAGGCUUUGAAGAUUACAUUUACCGUAAUCAACGGCCGUAUCUACGCGAGGUGUUUGUGGAACCAGUGGAGGUUCACCCUGUGAAUGGGCGAGUUGGUCUAUUCUCUUCUGAGACAAUGCAUACCGUCUGCGGAAUUAAUGUGUACACAAAACCCACUGGUGUUUUCUCAGACUUUCAUCGAGAAGAAGGGGAUGAUUUUGUGCUUAUUUAUUCCUCUAUUCCUGAAGUACGUGAGUCACUACAGAGAUGCUUUGAUGCGACUUCAAACAGUCCUUCAUUAAUUGUAGAUGAUGUUUUUAUUAGUUGGGAUACACUUGGUUUGGUAAGUUUGAAUGAAUUAUUUGAGUUAAGUGUACUGUACGCGGAAGAGGUCUUUCACGAUGUUUUUGAUGCGGGUGUGUCUCAUGUAUUAUCCUCACAGUAUUAG